UUAGCUUCUGUGAUAUAAUGCAAAUGAAUGUUUAUGGAUUUUUAUCUUGAAAUUCCUUGAGCUGAUUGUGUUGAUCCAUUUAUGUUCUCAGUUAAUAACAACGUAAAAUGGGCAUCCGUAUGACUGCAAUUGUAUCUGUAAUCUCACAGUUUCAGUGCAAUAGUAAAUGUCGUAAUUGGCUUCAGGAAUAAGUGGCUCCCUAACAAUAAUUUUCCUUGUGCUUAACACAAGAGUCAGCUUCCAUAGACAAAUUCAUGCCACAUGUCAGCUGAAACCUGAUGUAAUAUGAUAUAAAGAAAAUGGGAAGAAUUGCAUUUAAAUAGUGCCUGUCCUUCCCAUUCAAUGUCCCAAAGUGCUUCCCAGCCAAUUAAUUAAUUUUGAAAUGUAUGCUUCAUCCAACAUGCAGUCUAGUAUUUUCCCCUUAAAAGUCAAAGCAGAAUCUUCCACCAGUGAAUUUAGGUCAGGCUAAGAUGGACUAAGUCAUUAGAUGGACUAAGUCAUUUAUUGUCAAAACAUAUUAUAUGGAAGUACUAGUAAAUCAGAUUCUAUACCUGUCCUCAGUUAUUGCCUUCAUAUAUUCCGUCAUAUUCUUAAAACAUAUUUUAUACUUUUGUUAGACUUGAUAUCAAGGGGUUUGAAACAAAAGGUAGGCAAUUGGUGUUGAAUUAUACAGCUGCCAUGACCAAAUUGAAUGAGAAGGGGAUCAGGGGCAAACGUUAAUAAGCAAGAUAAUUCCAACGAUCUGAAAAACAUCCUAACUUUACAUGCAAGUUCUUCAUAUGAUUCUGGUUACAAUUCACCAUUUGGAAACAAAAUGAAACCUGUCACUGUGCAUUUAGUCUCAAUUGCUGACUCUAAAUGGCAUGCCUUUUUAAAAAACUUGCCUCCCCUCUUUCAGGCAAUACUCAGACUUGUCCAGAGUUGGUGUGCAGUUGGAUUCUGAUCGUCCUUACUUAUCUCUUUAUGAUCCUCACUUUUCCAGUCACAGGCUGGUUUGUGCUAAAGUCGGUGCCGAAGUAUGAGCGGUUUGUGGUGUUCCGCUUAGGAAGAAUUCUCGGCAGCAAGGGCCCUGGAAUGAUCCUCCUGUUGCCUUUCAUUGACCGGUGGCAGAAAGUUGACCUCCGAUCUAAAACUUUCAUUAUUGCACCAUUUGAGGCAAAAUGUAAAGAUGAAGCCGUGAUCAAUGUAGGUGCAGAAGUGCAGUACCAUAUCUGGAAUCCAGUCCUGUCUGUAGCAUUAGUGGAGGAUAUUGACAGCACUACGGCUUACACUGCACAGAAUGUAAUGAGACGCUUGAUGCAUAAGGAAACCCUGGCACAAAUCCAGGAGGACAAAAGUAAAACUGGAGAACAGUUAGCGUUUGAGGUCAACAAAAAAACCAAACACUGGGGUAUGGAAGUGCAGAGGGUAGACCUGAUUCUGCACAGCGUGGUAAACAGACCGGAAGAGGAUCAACCAGGUUCUGAGACCUCUCCACCCAGCAGUCGAUUAGAAAAACUUCCUGCUCCUCUACGGAAGUUGGCCACGCAAAUAAUGCAAAACAGACGAUCUCCACAAUCAAUGCACCUUUCUUCACGUUCCAGUGAGAGCGAAGACAGUAUUCAGACCCCAUCUGUAAUGACUGAAUCGGAAGAUCUGGAGAGUGACAUUAUCAGUCCAGACUGGAUACUUUCUAAAGUGAAAGCAUUCCUUUCUGAGGACCUUGUGAAACAGAUUGGAGCCUGUUACCUUUUCAGUGUUAACCAGAAGGAUGGGACUCAGAAUUUGUAUUUUCUGGACCUUAGCAGAGAUUCUGGCAAAGCUGGCUAUGGCAUGCCUGAAGGAGACCCUCAUGUCACUCUGGAAGUGACAGAAGACACCAUGCAGGGUCUGUUCUCAGGGGACCUCAAGCCGUUUUCCGCCUACAUGAGUGGACGGAUACGCGUACAGGGUGAUUUGAAACUCGCAAUGAAGCUGGAGGAUCUCAUCAAGAAGCUGAAUCGAGAUGCAGCAAAAAGGCGCACACCCAGCCUGCCCCGGACACAGCCUCCUAAGUGUCACGUCUUGUGUUUUAUUUAUUUUUGUUAUUUUCUCUGUACUAUCAUAUUGUUUGUAGUUUUUAUGGAUUGGUAAUGCAUUUUGGGUAUAAAAAAGUUUGUAAUACUAGAUUGCAGUGCCAUGCUAUGCGACCUAAUUCUCUGGUACGAGAUUGCAGUCAGCUUUGUUGUGCCUCUGAAUCUCCCAAGGAGUGAGUGGUUAUGGUUUGGAAUGCAUUUCCUGAGGAGGCUAUUGGAAGCAGACUCGGUCGUGACUUUCAAAAAGGAAUAGAAUCUGCACUUGGAGACGAGAUUUGCUGGGCAGUGGCACUAAUCAGAUGACUCUUUUAAAGGCCGGGUGUUAGGCCGAGUGUCAGCCUCCUGUGCUGUUUUUCUUCAGCAAGGUCACUCGAGUGGCUGAAAUUCUUGUAGUUUUGUACAAGUCUAACAAUGAAGCUUAAUUACAACAUAGUGCUUUAGUCCUUUUAUUGAAAAAACAAUGUAAUAUUUUAAACAUUUGGUGGAUGAGCAAUUCUAUUACUGAGAGUAGAAAUUAACCUCCUGGGUGAUUUGGACAAUGCUGUCCAUUGGAGCUGCCAGUUUUACAACAUUACAGUAGUGACGAGUCAAAAAUUGCUGUUGUACAUUUUGAGGCUAUGAAAGGUGCUAUAUAAAUGCAAGUGUCUUUUUAUUUAAUGCAGCCUUCUCUGAAGGUGAAUUGCAGUAAACGCUGAACACUUGAAAGCUAAUUUUGUGUUAAUUUUUGCAAAAUUAAUUAACAGUUGAAACAAUGGGAAGAGGAGUGCAAUAUUGAUUGUUUAUAAAAUGUAAUCAAGCCGAAGGAGGAAUUCUGAUCGAUUUCUGAAUUUAUUAACUGCAACAUGAAAUCCGAGAAAUCACAUCUCUGUACUGUGAUUGAAAUAAAUUGUCUCACUGUUUGUA